AUAACUUAAACCUGAUUAAACCAGAUUAAAUAAGACAUGACGAAAAAACGCACUCUUUCUAUAUAAUAACAAUCUUCUUUGACACUUGUACGGUGUGUACCUCUCUCUCUCGUUUAUGUUAAGAAAGCUUGAGCUCUCACCUCUCAUCGUAAUCAAUGGAGGUCAAUACUAAAACAAUAAUACAAAAGUCGAAGUUUGGAAGAAUCUGUGUGUUCUGUGGAAGCAGCCAAGGCAAGAAGAGUAGUUACCAAGAUGCUGCUGUCGAUCUUGGCAACGAGUUGGUUUCAAGGAACAUUGAUCUAGUCUAUGGAGGUGGAAGCAUAGGUUUGAUGGGUUUUGUUUCACAAGCUGUUCAUGAUGGUGGUCGUCAUGUUAUUGGAGUUAUUCCCAAGACACUCAUGCCUAGAGAGUUAACCGGUGAAACAGUAGGAGAAGUAAGAGCAGUUGCAGAUAUGCAUCAGAGAAAAGCAGAGAUGGCUAGACACUCUGAUGCUUUUAUUGCCUUACCAGGUGGAUAUGGAACACUUGAAGAACUGUUGGAGGUCAUAACAUGGGCUCAACUUGGGAUACAUGACAAACCGGUGGGUUUGCUUAAUGUUGAUGGAUACUACAACUCCUUGCUCUCUUUCAUUGAUAAAGCUGUUGAAGAAGGAUUCAUCAGUCCAAGCGCACGCCAGAUUAUAAUCUCUGCACCUACCGCUAAGGAGCUUGUAAAGAAACUUGAGGAAUAUUCUCCUUGCCAUGAAAGUGUUGCAUCAAAGCUUUGCUGGGAGAUUGAGCGGAUUGGCUACUCUUCUGAAGACUGAUACUAAUCAGAAUCUAGAUAAAACAUAUAAACUAUAACUAUUGAAUGUCAGGAGAUUUCAAGAUAGAUCUUACUUAAGGAAGGAAACAGAUUUUUAAGAUCUUAGAAGCUUUUGAAUAGGAGGGUAAACUACAAUUUCCACUCAUGGAGGAAAGUCUUUUGUGUAAAUUACUACUUUUCUUAAUGUUAAUGUUUCUACUUA